AUGGCCUGCUGUGCUACUAGCUUCUGUGGCUUUCCCACAUGUUCCACUGGUGGCACCUGUGGCUCCAGCUGCUGCCAGCCCAGUUGCUGCCAAUCCAGCUGCUGCCAGCCCAGCUGCUCCCAGUCCAGCUGCUGCCAGCCCAGCUGCUGCCAGCCCAGCUGCUGCCAGCCCAGCUGCUGCCAGCCCAGCUGUUGCCAGCCCAGCUGCUGUCAAUCUAGUUGCUGCCAACCUAGCUGUUCCCAGUCCAGCUGCUGCCAGCCCAGCUGUUGCCAGCCCAGCUGCUGCCAGCCCAGCUGCUGCCAGUCCAGCUGUUGCCAGCCCAGCUGCUGUGGCACUGGCAGUGGCCAGGAGGGUGGCAGUGGAGCCGUGAGCUGCCGUGUGAGGUGGUGCCGCCCUGACUGCCGCGUGGAAGGCACCUGCCUGCCCCCCUGCUGUGUGGUGAGCUGCACACCCCCAACCUGCUGCCAGCUGCACCAUGCCCAGGCUUCCUGCUGCCGUCCAUCCUACUGUGGACAGUCCUGCUGCCGCCCAGCCUGCUGCUGCUACUGCUGCCAGCCCAGCUGCUCUGAAUCUAACUGCUGUGAGCCCAGCUGUUAA